AUGGCAUGCUUCUCACAAGUGGCAUCUUUUUUUCUCUUUCUGACUAAGCUCAGCACUGGCCAGAGAGAAGUAACGGUUCAGAAAGGACCACUGUUCAGAGCUGAAGGUUACCCCAUCAGCAUCGGCUGCAACGUAACUGGCCACCAGGGACCUUCUGAGCAGCAUUUCCAGUGGUCUGUUUACCUGCCGAGAGCCCCGACCCAAGAAAUCCAGAUCAUUAGCACCAAGGAUGCCACCUUCUCUUAUGCAGUGUAUGCACGGCGGGUGCAAAGUAGGGAAAUCUAUGUGGAGAAGGUCCAGGGUAACUCAGUCUUUUUGCACAUCUCCAAGCUCCAGAUGAAGGAUUCUGGCGAGUACGAGUGUCACACACCCAACACUGAUGGAAAAUACUAUGGGAGUUACAGUGCAAAGACGAAUCUAAUUGUCAUUCCAGAUACCCUCUCUGCUGCCAUGACUUCCCAGACUCUCAGUAAGGAGGAAGGUGAGCCAUUGGAACUUACCUGUGAGUCAUCCAAAGCCACAGCUCAACAUACUCACCUCUCUGUCACCUGGUACCUGAUGCAGGAUGGAGAAAGAAGCCAAGCCAGCAAGAUUAUUUCCCUCUCCAAAGAUUUUAUGUUGCUCCCUGGGCCCUUGUAUACAGAGAGGUUUGCAGCUGGUGACGUGCGUCUCGACAAGCUUGGGGUCACUACCUUCAGGCUGUCCAUAGGGAGGCUCCGGCCCUCAGAUCAGGGCCAGCUGUUCUGUGAGGCAACUGAAUGGAUUCAGGAUCCGGAUGAAACCUGGACUUCCAUCACGAAAAAGCAGACAGAUCAAACAACUCUGAGGGUCCAGCCAGCAGUGAGAGAUUUUCAAGUCAACAUCAUGGCUGAGAGCACGGUUCCUGAAGGAAAACCCUUAGAACUGGUUUGCCUGGUCAUGGGCGGCGGCCAGUACCCACAGCUUCAGGGCACUUGGUUCUUCAAUGAUGUUAAAAUGGCCCACAUUGAUGCUGGUGGAGUUCUGCGUCUGAAGAAAGACUAUCAAGAAAGAGCAAGUCAAGGACAGCUCCAGGUUUCAAAGUUAAGCCCCAAGGCUUUCUCUCUCAAGAUCUUCUCUGUGGGUCCAGAGGAUGAAGGUGCCUACAGAUGUGCCGUGGCAGAGGUGACAAGAGCUCAGAUGGGCACCUGGCAGGUGCACCAGAAAAAACAGUCACCAGACAGCUACGUGCACCUGAGGAAGCCAGCGGCAAGACAUGUGGUCGUGUCUACCAAGAACAGGCAGCAAGCAGUGUGGGAAGGAGAGGCGUUAACCCUUCUCUGCAAGGUAGGUGGAGCUGAAAGUCUCCUCUCCGUGACCUGGUGGCACAUCCCACAAGACCAGACACAGCCAGAGUUUGUGGCUGGAAUGGGGCAGGAUGGUACCAUGCAGCUGGGUGCCUCCUACGGGGAACUCGAUAACCACAGCAACACAAGGCUGGAGAAGAUGGACUGGGCCACCUUCCAGCUGGAGAUCACCUCCACCACCAUCACAGACAGCGGUACGUAUGAGUGCAGAGUGUCUGAGAUGACCCGGAACCAGGCCAGAGAUCAGAGCUGGGCUCAGAAGAUGUCAGUCACUGUAAAACCUCUGGAGUCAAGUUUACAAGUUAGUCUGAUGAGCCGUCAGCCACAAGUGAAAUUAACCAACACCUUUGACCUGUCCUGCAUAGCGAGGGUUGGCUACUCUGACCUCAAGGUUCCACUCACCGUGACAUGGCAGUUCCAGGCAGCUAGAUCUCGAUCCUUUGAUCUGCUUCUUCGAAUCACCCAUAAUGGCACAAUUGAAUGGGGGAACUUCCUACCCCAGUUCCAAAAGAAGACGAAGGUUUCACAGUCUUUAUUUCAUUCUCAACUCCUAAUCCAUGAUGCCACCGAGGAAGAAGCAGGAGUUUAUCAGUGUAAUGUAGAAGUUUAUGACAGAAGUUCCCUACACACAGACGGCCCCGUGAGGGCUUCUGCCACCUCUCACCCAUUGAGGAUCACUGUCACUUUACCAGAGAGCAAGCUGAAAGUGAAUUCAAGCAGUCAAGUCCAAGAGAUCUCCAUCAACUCCAACACAGACAUAGAGUGUAACAUCCUGUGCCAAUCCACUGGAAACCUUCGGUUGGCUGUUACUUGGUACUUCUCUGCCAUGUCCACUAAUGCACCCUGGCUGAGGAUCCUGGAAAUGGACCGAACCCACGUAGUAAAAUAUGGGGAUGAAUUUCAGACCACACGGAGAAAACAAAAAUUCCACGCUGAGAAAGUUUCCCAAGACUUGUUUCAGCUACACAUUCUGAAUGUGGAAGACAGCGAUCAGGGCAAAUAUCACUGUGCUGUGGAGGAAUGGCUCUGGUCUACAAAUGGCACUUGGCACAAGCUUGGAGAAAAGACGUCAGGUCUAACAGAAUUGAAACUCAGGCCCACAGGAAGUAAGGUACGCAUCUCCAAAGUGUCCGGGACAGAAAAUGCCUCCGAGCACAGUGAGGUGGCCAUCCGCUGCAGCCUGGAGAGUGCGGGCAGCCCAGCCUCCCUGUUCUCUGUGAUGUGGUACUGGAACAGAGAAAAUUCUGGAAGUAAAAUGCUGGUGCACCUGCAGCAUGAUGGCUUGCUGGAGUAUGGCGAAGAGGGGCUCAGGAGGCGCCUGCACUGUUACCGUUCAUCCCCUGCAGACUUUGUCCUGAUGAUGCAUCGAGUGGAGAGGGAGGAUGCUGGAAGGUACUGGUGCAGGGUGGCAGAGUGGCAGCUACACGGUAACCCAAGCAAGUGGGUCAGCCAAGCAUCAGACGAGUCACAGCACGUGGUGCUUACGGUGCUGCCUUCAGAGCCCACGUUUCCUUCCAGGAUCUGCUCGUCAGCACCUUUACUCUAUUUCCUAUUCAUCUGCCCUUUCGUUAUGCUCAUCCUUCUGUUCCUUUCCCUCCUCUGCCUGUACUGGAAGGCCAGGAAGUUGUCAACUCUGAGUCUAAACAUACAGAAAGAAAAGGCCCUCUGGGUGGACCUGAAAAGGGCUGGAAGCAGGACCACACACAGACUGGAAGAGGACGGUGAAUACAGUUGGAUCCCGAGAGGCACCUGCAGCCCUGUGGAAAGAGUGUGGACUUUGGAACUGGACUGA